CCCACACUUUGUUGUUUGUUCCACCUAAAAUCUUGUAUCUCCCUUUCUCUCUCAACAUCAUCACUCAUCAGCAGCAAAGCAAGAACACACACAGUUCACAGCAUGUGAAAAUAAAUCAAAAACCAAAAACCUCUGCAACUUUUACUAGGGUUUCAUAAAAGUACCAAACUCAAUUUCCCAUUUCCCAAACACACAGACACACACACACAUAAAAAUUAAAAAUUAAAAAUUAAAAAUUAAAAAAAUGGGCACAACCAUUUCACCGUACCUUGUCGUAUCUCCCUUUCCGGUCCGGACCACAACCUCGAACCCUCUUUUUCAUCGUACCCACCAAUUUUACACCAACCCUCUCUCACUGUCCCUUCCAAAACCUUAUCUUCGGGGCUCCACCGCCGUUGCCCGGUUCGGGUUCAAGCCCGGGCUAUUCCCCGACCCGGAUACCAACGCGAUUGCCGAGCUGCUUGGUCGAGCCGAGAGCAUCCUUUACACGCUUGCGGACGCUGCUGUUUCGAGCUCGGAUACGGUUAGCUCCACAACCAAACAGAGCAAUGAUUGGCUCUCUGGAAUCACGAAUUACAUGGAGACUGUCCUCAAGGUUUUGAAGGAUGGGCUAUCGACUUUGAAUGUUCCGUACUCUUAUGGGUUCGCUAUAAUACUACUCACUGUUCUUGUUAAAGCUGUUACAUUUCCUUUGACUAAGAAACAGGUGGAAUCAGCAAUGUCGAUGCGGUCGUUGCAACCUCAAGUAAAGGCAAUUCAGGAACGGUAUGCUGGAGAUCAGGAAAGAAUUCAACUAGAAACGGCUCGAUUGUAUAAACUAGCUGGUAUAAACCCACUAGCAGGGUGCUUGCCUACGCUGGUCACAAUACCAGUAUGGAUUGGACUCUAUAGGGCCCUUUCAAAUGUAGCAGAUGAGGGACUCCUUACAGAAGGCUUCUUCUGGAUACCCUCCCUGGCUGGUCCCACUACCGUCGCUGCUCGACAAAACGGCAGUGGCAUCUCUUGGCUUUUCCCUUUUGUAGAUGGUCAUCCACCCCUUGGAUGGUCGAAUACCUUGGCUUAUCUUGUCUUGCCCAUGUUGCUGGUUGUCUCACAGUACCUUUCUGUCCUAAUUAUGCAGUCAUCACAGUCACAGAGUAAUGAUCCCAACAUGAAGACUUCUCAAGCAAUAACAAAAUUCCUUCCUUUAUUGAUUGGUUAUUUUUCACUCUCAGUUCCUUCUGGUUUAAGCCUUUAUUGGUUUACAAAUAAUAUAUUGAGCACCGCACAACAAGUAUGGCUACAACAGUUAGGGGGCGCAAAAAAUCCGGUGGGGACAUUCACUGAAGAUAUCAUCAAGGAAGAGAAAAUCCAGAAUCAGAAGUCAAUUUCUGAAUUACGAGUACUUGCCACCAAAACAGAGGAGAGACAAGAAGAGAAGUUGACAUCAGAGGGGCCUCGUCCUGGUGAAAGAUUUAAACAGCUAAAGGAGCAAGAGGCAAAAAGAAGACAACAAAUAGAAGAAGAAAGGAAGAAGGCUGAAGAGGCAGCGGCUAAAGCAACUCAAAUAGCCAAUGAGGGACAUGAGAGAGAAGCCAAAUUACUUGAAAGAGAAAAUGGGGCUGCAGCUGACUCGGUUGUUGAAAAUAAUGAAAACGUUCAAUCUGUGACUACCUUUCAUGAUUCUUCCAAUGUUGAAGUUGUUGUAAAUGGUGGUUCAUCUGGGCAGGACUCAGAGGAAGAUCAGAACAUGACUUCCACAUUUACGAUGGAAAAUGAAGUUUCUGCCAAUUCCAAGGUUGAUGGGAGUGAUGGGCAACAAUCUUAUGAAAAUGUGGAAAAGGAAACAGUUGAAUUAUACAGUACUACAACGACUAAAGAUAACAAAAUUUCUGGAGAAGACACGCAUCAAGCUAGAAGGGAAUGAUCAAUCAAAAGAGGGGGGAAAUUUUGUUAUGAUGGUUUCAGUAUAACAAGAUUUGGCAAGCUUAGUUAUUUAUAAGCUAAAAUAUAUUAGGGACAGCACCUUGUGAUACAGUUCUUGCCCCGGCAGAAGCACGCAGCUUAUCAAUUAUCUAUUCUGCAUCCAUGGUGGAGGUCUGUGAUUAAUUGGAGGUAUGUUAAUUCUCUGGGAGAUGAAUGCCUGGAUCAGUGGGAUUUUGGUGGUUCUGUGUUGCUGUAACCUGAGCUUCAAAGUAGUAGUAGUCUGCAAUCAGUAGCUUUUUCAUCCUCUCAGCAUUUCUGGGGCAUUAUGUAUUAUCUGUAACAACAGGAAAGUGAAACACAGGUUCUCUCUCUUUCCUUUCUUAGGAAUACAGUUUUCAGUGGGGCAGAUGCCAUAAUUUCAGUGGCCCUCACAUUGAGCUGGCUACUUUGUUUGGUCUUUGAUCCUUCUUUUCCCUGUUAAAUCCACACAUUAGUUUACUUAGAAGAUACUUAGUCGGAAAUGAUUGGUGGUGAUAAUUCUCUCCAGGUUCGAUAUAUUUGAACGAGUGCCUAGAUGUUUGCCUUUU